AUGCCGAAUACUUCAACUCAAAAUUCAGGCCUUCGGAUUGACAUGAGGAACUGGCAUUACAGAAUUAUUCGACACAGGGGCAACCCUACGCCCCGAUUGAAAGGACUGAUAGGUACCCUGCAAUCCAAAAAAGGAAAGAUAAUUCUUACGCUCGGCAAGGACACCCGAAGAAGGGAAAGGGGAGGUACGGUCGCAACGACCACUGACCGCCCUUACCGAAUCAUGACCGCAGUCAGGAAGUUUUCACCUUGCUGA